AUGACAGCACCAUCCGCGGCCGUGCUGAUCCAGGCGUGGUGGCGCGGCACGCUGCUGCGCCGCUCGCUGGUGCGCGCUGCGCUCAGCGCGUGGAUAAUCCAGAUCUGGUGGAAGAAGACCCAGGCGCGGCUGCUGGACCGGCGCCGGCGGAUCUCGCUGGAGAUGUACGCUCGCAGGGAGUGGGCGGUCGUGAAGCUGCAGUCCCUGGUCCGGAUGUGGCGCAUCCGCCAGCGUUACUGUCGUUUGCUCCACGCGGUCCGCAUCAUCCAGGUCUACUGGCGCUGGCAUUGCUGCCACACUCGUGGCUUUAUUCAGGGCGACUAUGAGAUCAAGGAAGACAAACUGAACAUUCAACUUGAGAUUUCUCUGGGCUCACAGGCUUGUAAGGUGCAGCAGUGCAUACCCCUUCCAAUAAAAGAAUGA